AUGCCGGAGAAAGAGUUCAAGAUCCUAGAUGGUGUGCGGCGGUGUGCUAGCACCGGUGAGCUGAUCACCGGCAAGCAAGUGUUGCGGCCGCUCCGCUUCUUCGUGAGCGAUUCGGCUUUGAAGAUCGUUGCUGCCCUCCGCCCGGUGGUGGAGUCCCGGCUGGAGGAUCUGAAGAAGGACAAGGAAACCCGCCUGGUAGACAUCUUCGACACUAACAUUUCGAAAGAAGAUUUCACGUCGGAAAAGAACUUUAAUAUCAUGAAAGUCUACGCGGCCCACCUCUUCAAAGAUGUGCAUGAGCGGAAACAGCUCAUUUCGGCGACGGAGCACAGGGCGGCGGUUCUCUACUUAAGUUGCUGCUACAAGCUGCAGAAUGUGGAGAAAAAUUGCAACGAUGAGAUGUCAGUCCUUAAGGGCAUCCACUUGGCUGUGAACGGCCGAUCUCUUCCCGAGAAACCACAACGGAAACUGUCGGAGUCGAGUGUGAGCUCAGAGGUGCUUCCAUAA